AUGCGGACAAAACAAAUGGACAAAAGUGUUGGUGAUGCUCUUGCCAAGUCCAUACCUCCUGACAAGCUUCUGUCUGACUAUCUGGCAAAUCCUAAGAAACUUCAAAGCAGACUUUCAAAUCAGUUCUUUGCAGACCAACUACAACUUUCAUUAAAUAACUCUGCUACGGCUAGAGAUGCCUCUAGGUUAUAUUCCCUACAGGGAAAAGGAGCUGGAGCAUGGCUAAAUGCAAUCCCUGCAUCACAAGGUUUCGCAUUCAAACCCUGCGAUUUUCGCUUGGCGUCGCUUGUGAGGCUUGGAUUGCCCAUCUCUCUGUCACAUUGGUCAGAGGCAUGCAACUGCAGUGCACCACUGGAUGACAGCGGAUACCACCUACUCACAUGCAAGACCGGUGGAGGCCCUAUUUGGUCUCACGAAUCAAUUGCUGGGGUGUGGUCUGAGUGCCUUAGGAGCCUCCAAAUCCACCAUCGACGGGAGCCAAGGAACAGAUAUGUCACUUCAGAUUGCAGGCCUGACAUUGUCAUGUUCGAUUCUGAAUCAGCUUCCAACCUCGACCUGGACAUCUCUCUAGCCCACCCUUGGAGUGCGGAUGCAUUUCCAAGCUCUGCUGAUAGAACAGGCGUCGCUGCUAAACAACGUGAGAAUAGGAAGGCGGCAAAAUACAGCCAACAAAAGCUCCCUGGGACUUCAGCUCUCAAAGCCAUCCCCUUGAGAAGGUUAUCAUCUGUUGACUUGUAA